AUGACGUCGUCACCGUUCACGGUAAAAUGGGGAAUAAUGGCUACUGGAGGCAUAGCUGAGACUUUCGCCAAGGAUCUCCUCACAGACCCCGCCAUCCGCGACGUAAAUGACGUGCGGCACGACGUGGUCGCUGCCGCGUCGUCCACCUCGGCCGACCGCGCCGCUGCCUUCCUCAAGAAGAUCGAUGCGCCCAACAAGGACGCCAAGGCAUACGGCUCGUACGCCGAGCUGGUCGCGGACCCCAGCGUCGACAUUGUCUACGUCGCCACGCCGCACAGCCACCACUUCCAAAACGCCAUGCUGGCGCUCGAGGCUGGCAAGCACGUGCUGUGCGAGAAGGCGCUGACCGUGACGGCCGCGCAGACCCGCAAGAUGAUCGAGACGGCCAAGGCCAAGAAGCUGUUCCUCAUGGAGGCCGUGUGGACGCGCUACUUCCCUCUCAGCAUCAAGAUCCGGGAGCUGAUCAAGUCGGGCGCCAUCGGCAGCGUGCACCGCGUCAUGGCCGACUUUUCAUUCAACAACAGCGCUGCUGACGGCAGGCUGGGCUUUGACAACAGCAACCGCAUGGUCAAUCCGGACCUGGCGGGCGGCGCGCUGCUCGACUUGGGCAUCUACUCCCUGACCUGGGUGUUCCAGACCUUGUACCACACGCAGGCGGCCGGCAGCAAGGAAAAGCCCACCGUGACUGCCAACGUGAUGCGGUACGAUGCGACGGGCACCGACGAGACCACGACGGUGCUGGUGGGGUUCCCUCAGCACAAGGCAGUCGGCGUGGCCAUGACGUCGCUCCGCGUGGCCUCGGACGUCGACGGCAAGUGGACCGCCGGGCCAACGAUCCGCAUCCAGGGCAGCGGUGGCGAGAUUGCCGUCUACGGUGUGGCCGCCAAGCCCUUCAAGUUCCACGUCAUCCGCAAGGGCCAGCAGGAGCCCGAGGUGGUCGACUGUCCGUUCCCCAAGGACGAGAAGCGUGGUGGCUGGGGCCACGGCAUGUACUGGGAAGCGGACGAGGCGGCCCGGUGUCUACGGGACGGCAAGCUCGAGAGCGAGGGCCUGCCUCACGAGGAGAGCAUUGUCAUCAUGGAAGUUAUGGAGGAGACGUUGAGGCAGGGUGGUGUCAAGUACCCAGAGCUGAUCACCUCCGAUGUCUACGACGCCAAGAGUCCGCUAAACACAGGAAAGGCGUGA